AGGCAAUGUCAAUUGUCAAAUUGAUAAAAAGUGGAGUUGGUGAAAACUCAAGAAAUACGAAUUUUAUUUAUUUUGAUUAUAUUUGCAUAUAAAACGCUUUAAGUAUGAUAACUUACGCACCAGAAGAAGUGGGUUUAGCGGAUACAUCGCCUUGCGCCGCAAUACGCGCCGAUCUUAAAAUGUGUUUACUAAACAGUGAUUGCUGUAAGAAGGAUAAGAAAACUCCUCGAGAGUGUUUGAAGGAUAACAGUUGUCCUACAGAAUGUUUGCAGCUAAGACACACCUUCUUUGAAUGUAAACGUUCCUUGCUUGAUGCCAGAAGAAGAUUCAGGGGCCAUAAGGGCUACUGAUACUAUUAUAAUAUUAAGAGUAGUUUAGGAAUUAUGUUAAAGUAUUUGUUGUAUUUUGUUAUUGAAUAAAUUAUUAAUAUAAU